AUUGCAUAAAAAUGUCCGCACAAGAAGAAGAAAAAAUCGACACCUCAAAUAAGCUGAAAGCGGAUGAAAUAGGUGAACAACUAAAUAUCAAUGAAGGGCUCUCGCCUGAAAUCGAGAGGAAUAGACCAAAUCAUUUUACUGAAAUUGAGCAUGAAUCUGUGCCAAUUUCAAAAAUAGAGCAAGUUUUUAACAAUAAAAAUGAUGAUGGAGAAAGUGGGUUUGGUGCUACGCCCUCGUCCAUAACACUUCUUCACAAAGAUGCAGUUCAAGAUUCUUUCAGAGUUGCCUUGUUUGUUUUUGACUUUUUACAAUCAAACCAAAAGAUAAAAGAGAUUGUUGAUGAUAGCGACGAUGAGGACCUAAGUAUCUUCCUAGAUGACAUUGACGAUAAAUAUCAAGAACAGACCAACCUUUUAAUGACAACUCAGGACAUAAAUAUAUUUGCCAAAUCCAAGGAUGAACUCGAAGGCCCAAAUCAGAUAGUUAUGGACUCUCCUCCACCCAAUAAAGAGAUCACUAGUGAAGUUGAGGAAGAAUUCCAGGCCGAAGUAGUCCAGAGGCGGAAAUAAGAAGACAAUGGAGGAAUUAGAAAUGAAAAAUCUGAAUAAAUAAAACCAAAAUCACUACCGAUCCUCGUGUGUACAAAGCAAGUUUGACUCCUCAGGCAAUCAUGUACUUCAGGCCAUUGUUUAGUCAAUUAUUGUUCACGGAUAUCUCAUUCCUGUUGCUAUAUAACGAUGAGUACAUAAACUCAAUAAGUCAGCCAGAUUCGUUGACAAACCUGGAUUCAAAGGACAACAAAAUCAGCUUGAGGUCCAAAAAGUGGAUGGAUUACCUCAAUGUAUCAAUCUGAAGGUCCUUUAUCAUCAAAGAGGCAGGACUGGGCUCCCGCACAGGAGGAGAUGACCUUGGUCUUUCCAAGUAUAACUCUUACGAACUCUACACCAAUGAAAUGCUGAACAAGAUAAUACUAAAGAAGCAUCGUCGUGGCAAGGAGGCUAAGAAAAAGCUUCUUCCAUUUUUAGGAAUCAUUUCAGAAGGAGAAGAUGAAUAGUUAAUUUUUUCAGUUCAAUCUAA